AUGGAGGGCGCCUGGAUCUCCAGCACGGAGGACCUGAACGAACCGUUUGAGAGCGACAGGCAUCACCUAGACGCUAAGGACUGGUUUGAUCUGCAGGUCGGUGGUCAAUUCGCCAGGAGAAGGACACUGGAUGAAUACAUGAAGCUUCGCGGAGCCCGGUUCAACUUAAACAGGCACACACGUGACCAGUUUGACCGCUGGGACCUUCUGGAUGAGAUCAUGGCAGAGAUCCCUGGCAAAGACAACUACGGUGCUGUGCUCAGAGACUCGACCUUUAACCUUAACACGCUGGACGUGCACACUGGGCAGGAGCUGAACGCCGCCAACUACCACCGCUGGUACCUGCUGGCUGAGGACGGGGCUAUGGGCAGUAACAUCGCACACAGAGGCUUCAACGAUAGGAACUUGUUUGUGGCUCAAAACACUCGACCUGAAGUGGCCGGAAUCUCCUACCUGUACUGUGCCCCCGGCCAGUCAGAAGAGAACGGUGACUGUACCAUGGAGUCUGCCAAGGUCAGCUACGCCUUUCCCCUGGAGAUCAUCUACCUGACCCCUCUCCACGACUGGAACCCACUGAACAUUGCGUACAAGGGCGAGGCCAACACACCGGAGGGCAGGACUGUCCUUGCAGGUGGUCGAGACGGCACGUUUAGGCCUAACAAGGCUUUGAACGGGACCAACAGACGGACUUACUACAGGACUCCCAGUGCCUUCUUCUCGGACGGGGAGAUCAACUCGGACGCCGCUGAUACCCUGGACGCCUUUGUGGCAGUCCUCGACGUGAACGGAGAGGUACAGAACGUCACAGCUUCAGGGGUCAGGAUCCACCUGCCUGCUAUACCGGAAUACUGA